AUGGGUUUACCUUUAUUAAAAUUGAAGCAAGAUUGUGUGACGAGAUGGAACUCGACAUUUGAUAUGUUGAAGAGAAUUAUUUGUAUAAAAGAUGCUGUAAUUUCAACAUUAGCCCUAUUACAAAGUAGUAUUGAUACUUUGACUCCAGAAGAAUGGGAUAUAGUUGAUAAAGCCAUUCUUAUAUUACAAAUUUUUAAUGAGGUUACAAUAGAAGUUAGCUCAGAAAAAACUGUAUCUUUAUCAAAAAAAAUAGUUUUAGUUAGUUCCAUGACAGCAACUGUAAAUACUUAUGUUGACGAUAUAUCUUUGCCUCAUGCAGUUCAUCAAAUGGCAGUUUCACUGAAAAAUGAACUACAAAAACGGUUUAAAGACAUUGAAGAGACUGAAAUUGUGGCACAAGCAUCAAUCUUGGACCCUCGAUUUAAAAAAUAUGGAAACAUUCGAUUACCGUCAACACCAUCUAACAACCUCGAACAAGCACCAACAACUUCAACAUCACAACCUCCAGUAUCUCUGUUAUGGAAAAUUUAUGAAGAUAAAGUUGAGAAAUUCAAAUCCACAGUGUCAUCAACUGCAGCAGGAAUAAUAGAGUUAGAUAAAUACCUCGGAGAAACAUUAAUUGACCGUAAAGAUGAUCCGUUAAAAUGGUGGUAUGAACGAAAACAUAUUUAUCCUCAUCUAUAUGAAUUUGCUAUGAAGCGCCUCUGUGUGACAGCAACUAGUGUUCCUUGCGAGAGAAUAUUUUCAGAAGCUGGACAAAUUAUUACGCAAAAAAGAAAUCGCUUGAACACAAAAAAAGCUUCACAGUUAAUAUUUUUACACAAUAAUCUUUCUUAA